CUCUCUCUUCCAGACUGGUCUAAUGGCUCCCUCUCCCCUCCGCGGAGCCCUGCACUCCUGCCCCGUUCACACUUGUGCACACCACCCAGCCACACCAGCUACUUUAUUGGUGACACUUCACAUUCCUCCCCACAAUCCCACCUGCCUAUUCACACCCUGGCUCCUGCCCGCUCCCUCCCAGCCCCUCCCACGCCUCUGAAUAACAACACCCUUUCAACCCACACGCUGGCCGGACCGUUUCCUUCACUGGGUCCCCCUGCCUGGCUCUCCGCCGGCUGCCUCGCCUAGCUCCCCUGGCUUCAUCCUGCGCCCCUUGGGAACAACUGGGGUCCUCUUGGAGCCCAGUCCAGAACCCCCUCACUCGGCGACAGCCCAGCUCCUCUGUCGGUACUGACUUCACAAGGCAGGGCAGCUGGCCCACUGGCCUGCUUCUUUCCCUGGGCCUCAGUUUCUUCUUCUGUCACUUGGGCUGGAAGAGAAGGGCAGGGAGGGGGCUGCUGAAGAUAGCAGCAGAGGUGGAACCCCACGCGCUUGGGCUGAGAGGGACCUUAGCGGGCACAGCACAGCCCUCUCCGGCGAGCCCAGUCAUGGGUUGUGGCAAAGCUAGGUCUCCGGACUUCUGGGCCUAUGUGGACUCGCUCACUAAGCCACUUCUCAGUGGCCUGGGGCACAGGGAACCAAAGAGAGGACGAAGGGGAGAGAGGACGGAGGGAAGGGCAGCCAGCCAGAGGACAAGGAAAGAUGGGCUAUUUCCGUGGGCCUUUCCCUGAGGAGGCAGGUCAGGAGGAGCCCCUGAGGGUCAUUGCCUACAGUCUCAGUGCCUGGAUCUCACACUACGGCGGACACAGCACCCCCUAAACCACUUCCUUCCCCCAAUUCCCCUCAACACGUCCCUCCAAGGUCGCCAGGAAGCUGGCCCUGGUCUGGCCUGAGGGCAUCCCAGGUGCAGAGUCUCCUGGACAAUUGUCUGACUCACCCUGGCCACCCUGCACGUGUGCCCUGCCGAGCCCCCGACCCUUGCCGGAGGAGUUCAGCCUGGAGGACACAGUCCAGGGAUCGAGGGGCAGCUGGCUAAGGACACGUGGACCCUGGGGACUCGUGGGGGAUGCUAGCUUGCCUGUGUGCUGUGCUCUGGCACCUCCCUGCAGUGCCAGCCCUCAACCGCACGGGGGACCCAGGGCCUGGCCCCUCCAUCCAGAAAACCUACGACCUCACCCGCUACCUGGAACACCAACUCCGCAGCUUGGCUGGGACCUACCUGAACUACCUGGGCCCCCCUUUCAACGAGCCUGACUUCAACCCACCUCGGCUGGGGGCAGAGACUCUGCCCAGGGCCACCGUCAACUUGGAUGUGUGGCGGAGCCUCAAUGACAAACUGCGGCUGACCCAGAACUAUGAGGCCUAUAGCCACCUUCUCUGCUACUUGCGUGGCCUCGACCGCCAGGCCGCCACGGCCGAGCUGCGCCGCAGCCUGGCCCACUUCUGCACCAGCCUUCAGGGCCUGCUGGGCAGCAUCGCGGGCGUCAUGGCAGCUCUGGGCUACCCGCUGCCCCAGCCUCUGCCCGGAACCGAGCCCACCCGGGCCCCCGGCCCUGCCCACAGCGACUUCCUCCAGAAGAUGGACGACUUCUGGCUGCUGAAGGAGCUGCAGACCUGGCUGUGGCGCUCGGCCAAGGAUUUCAACCGGCUCAAGAAGAAGACGCAGCCCCCGCCAGCGGCGGUCACCCUGCACCUGGAAGCCCAUGGCUUCUGAUCUCUGACCUUUACCGCCUCCUCUCUCCUCUCCUCCCUCAAAUCCUGCUCCCACUCUGGGAGGGAGAAACCCGUAUGCCAACAUCUGUUGAGCCAGGAGACAGAAGCCAUGGGCCUCUGGCCCUCUCCGGACUUGGAAGAGGGCAUGGUCGACAGGGCCUGUCCCCUCCCCGCUUUCCAAAGCCCUGCAGGUCUCGUCCACAGGGAGGAGCGCUCCCGGGGGCAGUGGUUCAAGUUGGUGCGAAGGCUCUCACAGCUUCCUGCUUCCUGCCCGGCACUUGCCGGCGCCCACACGGCCCCUCACGCGGCACUUCCAGGAAGCAUGCCCGUAGGCAGGGAGGGGGGCCACCGCAGCAUGUGCCUUUCUGGGGCGGGGGGAGCCCGUUGGCUGCCCCACUCUCCUUGGACGGGCGUUGUUCCCCUAUCCCCAAAUAGCUCAGUACAUCCAAUUCAGGAAACACACACGGUGGCAAGUCCAAACGGGAAGAAACGGGAUUUAAAAGCGGAAGAGGUGGGAUCUGCAUUGGAGGUCAUACUAAAAGCAUAGGGGCAGGGACAGAGCGGACCCACGGCUCACCAAGGCAGUCGGUGGCACAGGACGGCAGCCAAAAGGACCUUGCCUUGCAUCUUCUUGCCGGCAUCAUGGUGCCUCCUCUCCACCCCCUUUCCAGGGUAUCUGUGGGUUGCCCAGGCUGGGGAGGGCAACCAUAGCCACAGCCACAGGGUUUCCUGAAAGUUUACAUUGCAGUAGCAUUUCGGGGUGCGGGGGGCAGCUCCCCCAGGCCCUGCCCCCCCAGCCUCACCCACUCAUGACUCUAAGUUUGUUGUAUUAAUAUUUAUUUAUUUGGAGAUGUUAUUUAUUAGAUGAUAUUUAUUGCAGAAUUUCUAUUCUUGUAUUAACGAAUAAAAUGCUUGCCCCAGGACUUCA